UCGAACGCGCGCGCGCGCGCAUAGUCGUUGCCUUCUCUUUUAAUUUCUUAGACCUGUCAAUUAGGCGCGGCAUCAGCUCCCACAAUGGCCGAAGCCCUCGUGUCCGGGCUCACCGACCGACAAGGGAGACACCCAACUGGCCUCCGUCCUCCGUGAAAUCCAACCGCUGCUGGAGGACGCAGAGCGGAGACAACUGAAAGAGGCCUUCGUCCGUAACUGGCUGUGCGACCUCAAAGACGCCGUCUCCGACUUGGAGGAAGUGUUGGACGAGUGGGACACCGCUCUUCUCAAAAUCAAGAUUCAAAAACUCCAGUUCGGAUUCUCCGAGAAGGUACGGUCCUGCAUACUCAACUCCUUCCUUUGUUUCAGUCAAGUCCGCCGCGUCUGUCAACGCCGUCAAAUCGCCGUCAAAAUGAAUGAACUGAGGGAGAGAUUGAAUGCUAUUGCGUCCGAGAGAGGCAAAUACGGUUUUAAUUGGUUGAAUAAGUUGAACAACGUUGGAGAGGUUGAACAAAUUGAACAACCUGCGAGAUCGGGAACUACUUCCUUGAUUGAGGAAUCUGCCAUUUAUGGCCGAGACGAAGAUAAGAAGGUUUUGAUGAGCAGGUUAGUGUCUGAGAGCAGUGGAGACGGUACGAGGCACGAUGUCGAUGUCAUCCCUGUUGUGGGGAUGGGUGGGAUGGGAAAGACCACUCUUGUUCAAUUGGUGUAUAACGACGACAGGGUCAGAAGACUCAGAACCCAUUUUGAUUUGUGAAUUUGAGUGUGCGUUUCGGACCCUUUCGAUGCAGCGAAGGUUGCCAAAGAGAUUCUCGAAGCUGUUCUUGGUCAGACCCAGAAGUUGGUUGAGCUGGAUCUUUUAAUAGAGCAUAUACAUGAAGCUAUUGCUGGGAAGAAGUUUCUUCUUGUUCUAGAUGAUAUAUGGAAUGAAGACUCCUCAAAAUGGGAACUUCUGAGGCGGCCUUUGGAUGCCGGCGGUGUAGGCAGUAGAAUUUUGGUGACCACAAGAAAUGAGAGUGUUGCUCGGAUGAUGGAACCAACGGUAUGAUUACUCUGGGGAAAUUGUCCGAGGAUGAUUCUUGGUUGAUAUUUAGCCAGAUAGCAUUUUUCGGAAGGGAUACAAGUGAGUGCAAGCUACUAGAAGAAAUUGGUAGGGAAAAGAAGCAAGUGUCAUGGUUUGCCUCUUGCUGCAAAGACAAUGGGAGCUCUCAUGCGCUUUCAAAAUACUAGACGGCAGUGGGAAUAUGUUUUGCACAAUGGGAUGUGGGAACCGGAAGAUGUCAACACAAAAGUGUUUGCUCCAUUCCUGCUGAGCUAUUAUGAUUUGUCCCCUGCACUAAGACGUUGUUUCUCAUAUUGUGCGAUUUUUCCAAGAGAUUACAUGAUUGAAAGAGAUAAUUUGAUUAAAUUGUGAAUGUCACAGGGUUAUCUUCAUUUCGACGGAAAUAAAGAAAAGGAAAUAUUAGGUCAAGAAUACUUUAUGGAUUUAGCAAUGCGGUCUUUCUUCCAGGAUUUUGAAAAAGAUCAUCAAGGAAACAUUAUAAGAUGCAAGAUGCAUGACUUAGUGCAUGACUUUGCUCAAUUCCUCACAAAAUCUGAAUGCUUUAUCAUGGAUGUUGAUGGUGUUGCAGAGGAAUAUAACCUAGUGAUUGAAAAGAUUCGUCAUUCUACUUUUGUUCUAGCACCUGAUGCUGCAUUUCCUGCGUCAACUUGGAAUGGAAAGAGUCUACGAACUCUCUUCAUUUUGGAUUCCACAAACACCACCAUAAAUCCUGCUAUAUUCUCGCAUCUAUCAAGUCUUAGGACAUUAGAUUUGAGUGAUUGCUGGUUCAAAGAACUACCAGAAGAGAUUGGUGAGUUUAUGCAUUUGAGAUAUCUCAAUUUAUCUGGUAAUGAUGAGUUGGAAAGCUUGUCUGAGAAACUCUGUGAUUUAUCUAAUUUGCAAACCUUGUUGAUCAAAGAUUGCAUGCGACUUCAAAGACUCCCAGAAGCGAUGGGGAAACUAGUAAACUUACGACAUCUUCAUAUUGAUUGGUCUUUUAAUCUAGAGAGAUUACCGAAAGGAAUUGCAAGACUUACUUCUCUUCAAACGCUAGAUAUGUUUGGUGUGGCACGUUGUGACAAGAAUGAAGCGUUACAGUUGGGAGAUUUGAAAAAGUUAAACAAAUUUCAAGGUUACAUUCGGAUAUGCAAGUGUGGCAAUAUAGAAAACGUGGGGGAGGCUGAGAAAGCAGAACUUAUGUAUAGCAAGCUCCUUGUUAAUGUGAGGCUCGAUUUUGAUUGGAGUGGAGAGCGGAGGCUUGAAGAUGAAAUAAUACUGGAAUGCUUACAGCCACAUUCAAAUUUAGAAGCCUUAGAGAUACGGAAGCACAGAGGCACCACCAUUUCUCCGGAUUGGAUGAUGUCCUUAACUAAUUUGAGAAGGCUUGUCUUGUAUUCCUGCCAAUAUUCUGAGGCCUUGCCUCCUCUGGGAAAACUUCCAUCCCUUGAAUCACUUGAAAUAUGUCUUAUGAAAAGUGUGAAAAAUGUGGGGCUUGAGUUUUUGGGCAUAGGAACUGAUGGUGCAGAAAUAUCAACAUUUGUUUCAUUCCCAAAAUUAAGUGAACUUCGGUUUUCUUCCUUGGCAAAGUGGAAAGUGUGGGAAGGGAGCUUAAGGUCUACGGAAGAAGAUAUUUCGUGUAGAAUAAUGCCAUGUCUUCUUUCCUUAGAGAUUAACUCCUGCUUUUGCUUAGACGUGCUGCCAAACUUCCUGAAAAAGACACCACUACAGAAUUUGACGAUCACUGACUCUAAAGUUCUCCAAGACCAUUGCAUUGUGGGGACUGGCAAGGAGUGGGAUAAGAUUUCCCACAUUCCAAAUAUCAAGUUUAAUUUUGAAAGCGUUCAAAGAGACGACCUCUGAGUUCACCUGCUUGUGAAGAGCAUGAAGCUGAAUAACUCUUGGUUCAACAAAUGUGGCUCAACUAAUCUCAUCUAGCAGUUCUGGUAACUUCCUAUUCUGAAAUCUUUUCCUUCUUCCUGCCCUUGAUCUAUGCCUGCUUUAUCCAAUAUUUUACUUGUAGUUCAACAUUUUGCAUCUCCUUUUACAUUUUCCCCUUAUAUUUCAGCACUAUUUAGAAUUUAGAGUUGGAUCCUCGUGGAAAUUCCACAGGAAAGUAAUGUUCAGAACGUUGACGGAUGCUGUUAAUUACAAAACUCCUUUGUUUAUUGUUGUUGAUUACAGCAGUUGCCAUUUCACCAAAAGAGAGAUUGCAUUCAUUUGAGAUGAAUUGACUGCCAGUCCCCUGUCAAGACUGAAAUGGUGGGAAAGACGUUACGAAUACAUCAGACGUCCUCCUCCAAGGAACUUGAGUACAAUUUCCUGUUUCGUCUCCUGCAUUCUUCCUUUAAUGCAAAGUGCACUUUCAAUUGUUGUAACUACACUUUAGCCUUUAGCAACUAUUGAGAUUUCAAGACGUUGCUUCAGUUCAUUGUUUUGUCGCUUAAUCUGUUUUGUUUUGGAAUGAUUUGAACUGAUUAUCGAUCUCUGGUUUGGUAGUUUUAGAUUUUGAGGGUUGGAAAAAGUGAAAUUUCGAUUUUGGACGAGAAGUUUUGGUCGUGAAGAGUGUUUGGCCCUGGUGUGCCAAACAGUUCUCUUGUUGUUUAGUUGGCCACUGUCGAAUAAUUCUCAUGGUGUUCCGAUGUGCCAGCUGAACAUUUUUUUUUUAUAUUUCAAAUUGUUUUUCAAUCAUUCACUGCCGAACAACUCUCUUGUUGUUAGUUUUGGUUUGUCGAACAAGCUGCCAACUCAAAAUUUUAAAAAUCGUGAAAAAAUUAGUAAAUCUCCAAGGAAAGUGUUGGCAUACCUCAUCUGGAGCUCCCCAAACGAUGCUUUCGUUAUCCACCAAUUUUUUUUUUUUUUUAUCAAUUUAUCAAGUAAUGUGAAAGAAGAGAAAUUUUUCAGUAUACGAGGAAACGGCUCGGUACACUAAUGUAACAAUACAAAUGGUUGAAAUUUUUUUUUUAGUAUCCAACUACUUGUAUUAGGACACUUAGGAUACCGGGCCGUGUUCUAACACAUUGAAAUUUCUCUCUCACAAUUA